UCAUCCAAUUAUACGGUAGUUUGUUGUUACCAGGAAGCAGAAGACGCCAUGGAGAGAGCUUACAUCCUUGGCUUAAAUUAUUGAUUGAACUGACUACUCCUAGAUAAAGGAUGGCUGUGGUCAGCAAUGAGGCAUUUUUAUAGAAUCAAAACUGCGUAUCGAAAGUCAGAAAACAUUUUUCAUUAAGUAUGCAACUGUCGGUCUGGGCAUAGGAGCGCUAGCAGUCAUCGCUAACUUAUCCACACAUGGCGGGGCAGUUGCAGCUAACGCUAACUCUUAUUGUAACAUUAGCUAAACACCCACUUUACUAACUGUUAUACUGUUGCUUAAUAAUAGCACAAACAUGGGCCGUAAAAUAGUGAUUUACCCACUGCACUGAUUAACAGCCCUCUCUCCGAGAAGGAAACUAUCCUGAAACAACUUGCUUAGCAAAAAUGGCAAGUACCGUUUUGGAAGUCGGCACGGGCGUUUUCGUCAUUGCUGUUGUCUGGAUUGCCGCACUUGUGUUUGGGGUGCUGCUGCUGAGAGCGUCUGGAGCAGCAAAGUUAGGAGUUAUUCCUGUUUUCCUGCUGGCUCUCACCAUCACUCUAGCACUGGUGUUUUUCCCUCGCAGCCCAGAGACAACUCCCCCUUUCGAAGAAAUAAAGAUAGUGGACACUUUGUUCAUCAGCCGUUAUGUGCUGCUGGCAGUGGUGGGCACAGUCUUUCUUGUGGCCUUCUUCAUGCUGCUCCCCUUUCAUUUUCUGGAGCCAGUCUAUGCCAGGGUCUUAAGAACACACUAGAGCUGCCAGGGUUGGAGUUGGCACCUGGACUGAAUCACUGAUGUACACAGCCUAAGACAAGCAGGCCACAGCCAGAGGCCCCCCUUCAUAUGGAAACAAACUACAGAAUGCAUCCCAAACCACACCAGCAGGACCCAGGACAGUGAUGGCCAGCCGUUGACUGUUUAUGCAUAACCAGCACAAAUUUGAUAUCCAGCAGUAACACUGUUUCUUCAUAUUUUGAAUCAUUGAACACAUGAGAUGAAUAAAUUGAUCUUAUUUGAUGUAUGUAAAGCACUGCAGCAACUCCUGCUUAACCAACACUGAAAUACUCCAUCCACCUUUUUGCAAAGAAAUGAAAUAUUUAUCAUGCUACACUGA